UUUCAUUCUUAGUGGAGCUGUAAGUUGUGUGUGUGUGUGUGUGUGUGUGUGUAAACUAUCUAGAUGGAAGCAGAACACUUGUUAUUCUGAGUUGAUGGGGCGUUAACAGUUUUCAGCUUGCGUGUUUAGGACUGUCUCUGCAGCAUUUUGCCUACCUGCACAGGGUUUGACCUUCCUCAGUCAGCAAGCAGAGUUUGACUGCAGAGAGAAAAAGAGCGAGAAAGGAGGAGAGGUGGAGCGAGGGAGUGUCUCAGACAGAGGGAGAGAGAGCAUGUUGAAGUGAAGUAGUAGCCGGGGGAGUUGUUGCAUUGUGAUUAGUGUGCCUGUACAGUGUGCACUGUCCUCUCGAUGUAAGACCUGUUCUGUACUGCAUGGGACUGUCCUGGGGAUCAAGAGACAGCCUGAAGAUUGGAUUUUGCCCUUAAACAGCUACAACUCCUGAAGCCUGAGUUCCACCCAGACCCAACCCAAACUGAAAGUGAUUUUCACUCCUCGAAAAGGCCCAAAUUUCUCUUCCGGCUCUUUCUGAAAUGUCUCUUUGAGUUUUAAUCGCACUUCCAACUGUAGUGCUUUGAAUUCUCGGGAACAUGGAUAUGUCAGGCACCCCACAAGAGUGCUCUGCACGGGCUCCCAGCGGUGGAGACUCAAAGAUGGGAGAGGCUAGAAUGGGAGAGGGGAUAAGAAUAGGGGAGAGAGAAACCCCACUCAGGCUGUCACCUUUCCUUAUGCUUCGCGUGCUGGACUCAUGCCGUCCUCCAGGAAACCGUAUUGGUAUUGUUCAUGAGAAUGUGAAGAUGGGUUCAGAUGGGGAGAGCGACCAGGCAUCUGGGACGUCUUCUGAUGAGGUCCAGAGCCCAGUCAGGGUCCGUAUGAGGAACAACCACCACCGACGCAUCUCUAAUGAGGACAUAAACAAACGUUUGUCUCUCCCAGCGGAUAUCAGGCUACCGGAGGGCUACUUGGAGAAGUUUGCCAUGAACAGCCCACCCUUUGACAAGCCCAUGAGCCGCAGGCUACGGCGUGCUUCAUUGUCUGAAAUUGGCUUUGGGAAACUUGAGACCUACAUCAAACUGGACAAACUAGGGGAGGGGACCUAUGCUACAGUGUUUAAGGGGCGAAGCAAGUUAACAGACAACUUGGUAGCUCUGAAGGAGAUCCGACUGGAGCAUGAGGAGGGUGCUCCCUGCACAGCUAUCCGGGAAGUGUCUCUACUGAAAGACUUGAAGCACGCAAAUAUUGUCACCCUCCAUGACAUUAUCCACACUGACAAGUGCCUGACACUCGUGUUUGAGUACCUGGAAAAAGAUCUGAAGCAGUACAUGGAUGACUGUGGGAGCAUCAUGAGUGUUCACAAUGUCAAGAUAUUCCUAUUCCAGCUGUUAAGGGGUCUGGCGUACUGCCACAGAAGAAAGGUCCUCCACAGAGACCUCAAACCCCAGAACCUGCUCAUCAAUGAAAAAGGAGAGCUCAAACUGGCAGACUUUGGUUUGGCACGAGCAAAGUCUGUACCAACAAAGACCUACUCCAAUGAAGUCGUGACAUUAUGGUACCGGCCACCAGAUGUGCUUCUCGGAACUACUGAGUAUUCUACACCCAUUGAUAUGUGGGGUGUGGGUUGCAUCUUUUAUGAAAUGAUCACUGGCAGACCUCUCUUCCCUGGAUCAACAGUAGAGGAUGAGCUUCACCUCAUAUUCCGCAUCCUCGGUACUCCUACAGAAGAGACUUGGCCUGGUAUCACCACCAGUGAAGAGUUUAAGACGUACAAUUUCCCCCAAUACCACUCUGAGCCCCUUGUCAACCAUGCACCCAGGAUAGACAACGACGGUCACAACUUGCUCUCAAUGCUUCUACAGUUUGAGGCUAAGAGGCGGGUAUCAGCCGAGGAUGCUCUCAGACACUCAUAUUUCAAAUGUUUUGGGGAGCAGGUUCAAACCCUGGCUGACACUGCAUCCAUCUUCUCUGUAAAAGGCAUUCAGCUCCAGAAGGAUCCAGGGAAGAGAUCCUCAGUCCACCCAGAGUCAACGAUGGCUCAUAAGCUAGGCUCUGCACCCUCGCAGUACUUCCAGAGAGAAGCAGCCAAUCCCAGGGCUCAGAGUCACAAUCUCUCCUCCACUUCCACUGGCUGAGUGGCCCAUACCGUUCUGCCCAGGGGAGGAGCAGGAGGCAGAGUGUGUUGUUUUAGUGCUGGCGGGGGCGCUGAAGUGAGGAGGACAGUGACACGUGAAGCUGUCCUGUCGGACAUACAUUCACUGACCCUGCCCCACACGCUGAAGGAGAGACACGCACCCUGCCACAUAAACACACACAAACACAUUGAAGAAGAAAACACAACACGGAGACAUAACCACACAGAAUUUAGGCUGAAGAAUUUGUACUUGACAAAAACAAAUUACCCAAUCCUAAUCAUUUUAAAAACGAGUGCACAUGCUGGAAGAAAAGUGGGAGAGUACAAGAUUCUCCUUGCUGCUACUACAGCUGCUGUCCAGAAGAGGGCAGCGUUUAGGAGGAGGAGGGCUGACUCGGUAUUUGAACAGAACUUGCCGCAUCAGUGAGCUGUGAGGGAGAAGGAUUGAGAAGUGGUCGUGAUUCAGAGGCAAAGAAAGACAGAGGAAACCGGUCACUUUCUCUCUCUUUGGACCGUUGCUGUACAUAAAGAGACUUGUAGAGCUGUAGAACUCUGCUUUUUCAUAACACGUCUCGGCCUGAAUCCAAACACUGAAUAUUGUACCCAACCUCGCCUAACCUCUUGGCCCUUUAUUUUUAAUUGAACUUUAAAACAACGCAGACAAAUUUUCUCUCUUUCUUUUUCUCGCAUUCUAUGUCUCUCUCUAUCUCUCUCAAAUACACACACACACACACACACACACACAUACAUACUUAUGAUUCACUUGGAAGUUAAGUGUGUAGACCAAUGGCGUUUACAGAGAUAAACUUUAGCACCUUAUUGUCCAGUAGAGGUCAUAUUGGCUGUCAUUACGUUACUUCAUUAUUGUCUCAAGCAGAGUAGGAUGUUAUGUACAUGCUAGAUAAAAAAAAUGAAGAAGAAUCAAAAUAACAAACCAAAAAAUCAUAAACAACAACUCACUAACCAUAUAGGACAGAUGUAUUUACCUCCACCACAGAAAUUGGACACUAUGCUACACU